AUGACAUACGAUAACCCUUCUACUAAACAAUUCAUCCUACGCACUCACCGACCUGGUGACAUGGGCUACAUCACACACCGCCACGCCGUCAUCUACGAAAACCAAUACAACUUCGACUUCCGAUUCGAGUCUUUGAUAUCAAGAAUCACAGCAGAUUUUCUCGACAACUAUAACCCAGACCUCGAGCGCUGCUGGAUCGCCGAGAACAAUGGCCAAUUCCUCGGCUGUAUCAUGCUAGUCAGCGAUAAAAAACCAAAGACAGCAAAACUUCGACUUCUCAUGGUCGAAGAAACCGCACGAGGUCUCGGCGUCGGAACAGCUUUAAUUCAAGCUUGCAUCGACUUUGCAAACAACGCUGGGUAUGAGCAUAUCGACCUCUGGACGCAGAGCGUGCUGGAGGGUGCUCGUCGCCUAUACGCAAAGGCUGGGUUCACAAUGAUUGAGACCCAACCUCAUAGUGACUGGGGAGUUGAUUUGGUCGGAGAGUUCUGGAGUUUGACGUUGCAAAGAAAGGAGAUAGUCUAA